AUGUACAGGCCAUUGAUCCGAAAUACCGCAAGCCACUGUGCUGUUGCUGCUCGCCCAAUAGCAUGUAAGGGGUAUGCUUCGUCUGCUACCCCUCCACCAUUCAAUUGGGAGGACCCUUUGAAUGCAAAGAGUCUUUUGACAGAGGAGGAGAUUGCCAUUUCAGAAACAACAGAGGCAUAUUGUCAGGAGCGAUUGCUGCCAAGGGUCCUCCAGGCCUAUCGAGACGAGCAUUAUGACAAAACAAUCCUGGAGGAAAUGGGCGAGCUCGGCUUGCUUGGUGCCACGAUCAAAGGAUACGGCUGCGCGGGGGUCUCGAACGUCGCCUCCGGGCUCAUCACCAAGGCAGUCGAGCGAGUCGACAGUGGUUAUCGAUCUGGAAUGUCGGUUCAAUCUUCGCUGGUGAUGGGAGCCAUUGACAUGUUUGGCACAAAAGAACACAAAGACAAAUUCUUACCUAGCAUGGCAAAGGGCAAGCUACUGGGCGCUUUCGGUCUUACUGAGCCAAAUCAUGGCAGUGAUCCCGGGGCUAUGGAAGCAGUUGCGAAGCCACACCCAACUAAGAAGGGGUACCUCUCUUUGUCAGGAUCCAAGACCUGGAUUACGAACUCUCCUAUCGCAGAUGUUCUGCUGGUAUGGGCGAAAUAUCACGAAACUGGAAAAAUUAGAGGUUUCUUGGUUGAGCGAUCCCAAUGCCCGCCUGGGACGUUGGAGACUCCUGCCAUCAAAAACAAGAAUGGGCUUCGAGCUUCGCUAACGGGCAUGAUCCACCUAGACGAAUGUCCUAUACCAGAAGCAAAUAUGUUUCCCGAUGUUGAGGGCCUGCGAGGCCCGUUUUCCUGCUUGAACAACGCCAGGUAUGGGAUUGCGUUUGGUAUAACCGGUGCUUUAGAGGACGCCAUUGCUCGAGCAAGAACAUAUGCCUUGGAGAGGAAGCAGUUCAAGGGCAAUCCCCUCGCAAAAUAUCAGCUCGUCCAGAAGAAGCUAGCGGACGCAACCACUGAUGCUGCAUUUGGAACUCUGGCAGCCAUCCAAGUUGGGCGGCUGAAGGAUAUGGGCGAGGAGGCACCAGAAAUGAUCAGUAUGAUCAAACGGCAGAAUUGUGAUCGUGCCUUAUGGAAUGCACGGGUGCUGCAAGAAAUCUUUGGUGGAAAUGCUGCAAGCGAUGAAUACGCGAUUGGAAGACAUGUGGCGAAUAUGUACGUGACCCAGACAUAUGAGGGACAGAGUGACAUUCACAGCUUGAUUCUGGGCAGAGCCAUCACUGGUGUCCAAGCAUUCUGUUAG